GACGGCUCGGCCCCGGUGGUGUCGAACGCUUCGUGCACGACGAACUGCCUUGCGCCUCUGGCCAAGGUGAUCAACGACAAUUUCGGCAUCGUGGAGAGUCUGAUGACGACGGUGCACGCGACGACGGCGACGCAGCUGCCUGUGGACGGCCCUGCUAAGGGCGGCAAGGACUGGCGUGGUGGCCGUGGCUGCGGCCAGAACAUCAUCCCGUCGUCGACGGGUGCCGCCAAGGCCGUGGGUAAGGUGUUGCCUGUGCUGAACGGCAAGCUGACGGGCAUGGCGUUCCGUGUGCCUACGCCGGAUGUGUCUGUGGUGGACCUGACGUGCCGUCUGGAGAAGGCUGCGUCGAUGGACGCGAUCAAGGCCGCUGUGAAGGCCGCUUCGGAAGGCGAGCUGGCCGGCAUCCUCGGCUACACGGAGGACCAGGUGGUGUCGAACGACUUCCUGCACGACAAGCACUCGAGCACGUUCGACGCUGAUGCCUGCAUUGCCCUGAACGACCACUUCGUGAAGCUUGUGGCUUGGUACGACAAUGAGUGGGGCUACUCGAACCGUCUGGUUGACCUUGUGCUGCACAUGGCCACGGUCGACAUUUAAGCGUAGCGUAGAUGUUUGCGGCAGACGUUGGUUGAUUUGUUGAUUUAUAUUUUGGUCAAUGAAUCCUAAGUU